AUGCUUGUUUUGUUUCAGGAUAUUUUGUCUGCAGCUUUAGAUGAUGCUGGUAUAACUGCUGAUGAAACAUUUGACUUUGACUUUACUGCCCCUGCAGUUACCACUGGAACUCCACAUAUUAUUGAACAGCCAAGUCAGUUUAAUUCACAAAACAGCCCAGUGAUUGUGAAAGGCCAGCCUCCACCAGUAUUAGUGAAUGGUCAACCCCCUCCAGGGCUAGUUAAUGGUCAACCCCAGCCGGUCAUUGUGAACAGGCCAGGAGGGUCAUCUCAACCUGUAUUUUCAAAUGCUUUAAAGAAUCUAGCAGCGCAAAAUAACAUAAUACCACAAAAAGUAGUUAGUGCCCAGCCAGCAGGACAUAUUGUUACAGCUCCUAGCACAUUAACAGGCCAGCCUCCAGUAUCUGUCUUACAGAGAUCUUCAUCAACACCUACAAUUAUUAAACUGCCUAGUAACCAAGGUAAUGUUACUAAUGGACCUCAGGUUAUUAGACAGCAAAGCGCUCAGGCUGUCAGUGCUGUGAGUACAUCAAAUACACCAGGUCGUACAAAGAUUAUCACAGUUAAACGUGUUGGACCCAAUGGUAGCAUUACACAAAGUCGCUCCUUUACUAUCAGUGCCGAUGCGGCCACUGGUUUAGGUGGUGGACAGAAAAUAAUUGUGCAGAGAUCAAAUGGCGGGAACGCGCAAGUUGUUCAGGCUGUACCUGCUCAGGCAGCACCAAUUGGUUCCCAGGCAACAGGAACUAUCAAAAUUCCGAUUAGUGUCGUACAGUCCACAUCUAGUAACCUUUUAUCGCAGCCUCAAACUGUUAUUGUUACCACUAUGGGUAACUCUCAGUCGUUUGAAAAUCAGUUUAAACAAUAUGCAGUUGCGAACACAUCAAGUGUAGAUUCUAAAGUGAACAUGACAGUUAAAGAUUCUAUAUUUGCGUCGUCUGCAGCCCAAAACAUAGUGAGAACACAGCCACAUGUGAUUCAUAUAAACAGGCCGUCGGCUGCAACAAGUAAUCAGUUGUUGACUAGAAAUCUGCCACAGAAUGCUAGACUGGUUUCCAGUCAGUCUAUGGCAUCUGCCGGCAACCAGAGCCUCCGUGUGAUACAGCGACCAUUCCAGAAUAACGGAAGUAGUCCGGGUUUAAUACACAGUCAAUCGGUUCCUGGAAAUUUGACUACGUAUAGCAAUAUAACAAAUAUUCCACGUCAUAUGACUGAACAAAGAGAUACAAAUUCUCCGCCACCUAUCAUCGUAAAUCAGUCGGGUUUUGGAGGAAAUGGUAAGCUCGUGUUGAACAAUUUGUAUGAAAAUGGAAUAAACUCCAUGGAUCCUAUGUCAGCCAUGCAGAGAAGUGUUCAAAACAUUCCUGCUCCUAAAAUAACUAACAAAGAUCUUUCAAGGAUGUGGUCUAACCAGGACAUCAGACUGAAAAAUAUUACCCAGAAUGUUGUAAAUCAUUCCCAAUCUGGACCUAGACAGAUCACAGUAGUUGAGGAAGAGGAAGAAGGCGAGGAGGUUGAGGGACUUGGACAGGCAGAAACAUAUAAUGAAUAUAUGCCUGCAAAAUUAAAACUUGGCAUCAAGCAUCCAGAUCCAGUUGUAGAAACAAGCUCUAUGUCAAGUAUUGAACCUCCUGACAUCUGUUACAGACUGUCUAUUCCUGAAAGCACCAUUGAUUAUGGAGAGUUAUCUGCCCUUCAGUUAGAAUCAAUCACAUAUGCCUCCCAGAGACACGAGAUUAUGUUACCUAGCGGAGAGAGGGCAGGCUUUCUUAUAGGAGAUGGUGCUGGUGUAGGCAAGGGUCGUACAUUAGCAGGGGUUAUAUUUGAAAACUACCUUUUGGGGAGGAAAAGGUCAAUAUGGUUGAGUGUGUCUAAUGAUCUGAAGGUUGAUGCCGAGAGAGAUCUGAGGGAUAUUGGAGCUACAAAGAUAGAUGUUCACCCACUUAAUAAGUUUAAAUAUGCCAAGAUAUCUGGUAAGGAGAAUGGUCAUGUGAAGAAAGGUGUGAUAUUUGCCACUUACUCGUCGCUAAUUGGAGAAAGUCAUUCUGGUGGAAAGUACAAGACCCGCUUCAAGCAGCUCAUCAAAUGGUGUGGCAAGGAGUUUGAUGGAGUUAUUGUAUUUGAUGAAUGUCACAAAGCGAAGAACUUGUGUCCUGUUGGUUCCAGCAAGCCUACAAAGACAGGUCAGACGGUGUUAGAAUUACAGAAAAGAUUACCUAAAGCUCGGAUAGUAUAUGCUAGUGCUACAGGAGCUUCUGAACCCAGGAAUAUGGCCUACAUGACCAGGCUUGGACUCUGGGGACAGGGAACGCCUUUCCCAGAAUUUAAUGACUUCAUACAAGCUGUUGAAAGAAGGUGUAAAACCAAGUGGGUAGAUGCAAGAGAAAUGUUCCAGUCAGCAGCAGAUCUGGUAGAUGCUGAUCAUCGGUUGAGAAAAUGUAUGUGGGGGCAGUUCUGGUCAGCCCAUCAACGUUUCUUCAAGUACUUGUGUAUAUCAGCUAAAGUUCCACAUUGUGUACAGUUGGUCAGGGAAGCCCUACGAGAUGGCAAGUGUGUAGUCAUAGGCUUACAGUCAACUGGCGAGGCUAGGACACUUGAACAGUUAGAGGAAAUGGGUGGAGAACUCAACGAUUUUGUAUCUACUGCUAAAGGUGUUAUACAAACAGUGGUAGAGAAACAUUUCCCAGCUCCUGACAGGAAGAAAUUCUUUGAUAUAUUUGGUCUUGGUAACAACUCCUUGUAUAAUAAUGAAGAUAGCAACUCAUCUACUGGAUAUAACAACAACAAGAGAAAGAAAGAACAAGCAGCAGGUAAUCCAGCUAAGAGAUCUAAGGGAGAUUCUGAUACAGACUCGUCCUCUGACAGCGAGGAAAGUGAGCUAGACUUUGGUCUCAGUGAUACGUCUGAUGAUGAUGACGAUUCUGAUGACAACGAUAAUUUUAAUCCAUUUGGCAGUGGUUCGGACAGUGAUGAUGAUCCCUGGUUAAAAAAGCAGAAAGUAAAGGCAAAAGAGAAAUCAAAAGUGAAAGAAAAGAAGAAAAAAGAGAAAAAGAAGAAGAAAGAGAAGGAAAAAAAGAAGGAUGAGGAUGAACAAUUUACAAGUGCCCUUGCAGCAGCUGGUCUUCUUAAUAAAAACAACCAAAAUUCUGGUUCUGGAAAUACCAACGGAAAUCCAAGUGGUGACGCUAUAGACAAGGCAUUCCAGAUGAAGAGAGAAUUAAUGGAGAGAAUAGAGUUACUUGGUGGCAAACUUCCAGCAAACACACUCGACCAACUUAUUGAUGAUCUAGGGGGCACUGAUAAUGUAGCCGAGAUGACAGGCAGGAAGGGUCGUGUUGUUUGUACAGAUGAAGGCAUCAGUUACGAGUCUCGCAGUGAGAAUGAUGUACCCCUUGAAAUCCUUAAUCUGACAGAGAAACAGAGAUUUAUGGACGGUGAGAAGAACAUAGCUAUUAUAUCGGAGGCUGCUAGCUCUGGUAUAUCACUACAAGCUGACAGACGUGCCAUUAAUCAGAGGAGAAGAGUCCAUAUAACGUUAGAGUUACCAUGGAGUGCUGACCGUGCCAUUCAGCAGUUUGGUCGAACACACAGAUCUAAUCAGGUGUCUGCACCAGAGUAUUUGUUUAUGAUCUCAGAACUGGCUGGAGAACAAAGAUUUGCUUCAACUGUUGCUAAGAGACUUGAAAGCUUGGGUGCUUUAACUCAUGGUGAUAGAAGAGCUACAGAAUCCAGAGAUCUGAGUAGAUUUAACUUUGAUAAUAAGUAUGGUAAGUUAGCACUGGAGUCAGUGAUGAAGACAGUAUGUGGCUUUGAACAGCGAUUUGUAGAACUACCAGAAUACAAGGGACAUUUCUUUAAUGAUGCUGUGAAGGCAAUGGUAGGUGUUGGGAUAGUUGUACAAGAUAGACCUGGAUCCGUUCCUAUCCUUGAUAAAGAUUACAACAAUAUCAGCAAGUUUUUGAAUCGUAUCUUGGGAUGUGAAGUGACGCUACAGAAUGCCUUGUUUAAAUAUUUCUCAAGUUCCCUUACUGCAGUUAUUCUGGAGGCUAAGAGAAGUGGUCGUUGGGACAUGGGAAUUAUGGAUCUUGGAUCUGGUGGUGAGAGUGUGAAGAAGCUGGAAACAAGAAUAUUUGUGGGUAAUACUGCAACUAAUACAGCUAAAACUGAACUUGUCACCGUUUCAGUGGAGAGAGGAAUGUCAUUCCCAUCAGCAUAUGAUCUUUACCAUAAAUAUACAGGUGUCAAUGAUGGGUUCUAUCUCUCACUACAGGACCGAUCAGUUCAUAGAUUUGCCAUUGUAGCAGCAUACCAAGGUGCAUAUAACAAAAAGAAGGAGAAACUAUAUACUAUAUACCGACCCAAUACUGGUCUGCAACCACGCCAGGAAACUCUUGAUGAAAUCAAAAAGAAGUAUAAAAAGGUUUUACCUGAUGAGGCUCAGAGGUACUGGGAAGAACAGUACAACUUCUCUGCCACUAUGUGUAGCCAUGCCUACUGGCGUGGAAGUUGUAAAAAGGUCAGCGUAGGUUUACCAUGUGAGAUUGGUUUGAGAACCAGGACAUAUUACGUACUGAGUGGAUCGGUUCUCAGCGUGUGGAACAAGGUAGAGAUGGUUCUCGGCUCACAACAAGUUCAGACAAAGAUGCAGAUCAUACGUUUACGUACUGAUGAUAACCAGAGAAUCGUUGGGAGUUUGAUCCCAACAAAUGCGGUGGAUCCAUUGAGCAAUGUGCUGUCACAGGAAUGCAGUAAGACUUACACCGAGAAACAUGCAGGUGAACACCAGCGACCCAAACCAAAGGAGGAAUCUACUGCCACAAACAGUAUAGGUGCUAAAUCUAGUCAAAGUGAACAAAAGCCUGCACAGGCUGUGUACAGUAUGCCUGUGUUUGUCUGAUAGUAUAGUUAAUGCAUCCUGAUGUGUCAUUAAAACUAUAGUUGUUGCAUGUUGAUGUGACAGGACAUACACAGAUACUACUUGUGUGUGGAUACGUACGAGACAGAUCCUGAAUUUGGUUUAUGUUUAUGAAACAUGUUGACAGGGUGUCACAGAUUACCUGCAAGGAAGAUCAGAGGAAAAAUAAUGUGAAAGUGUUAUAAUGCUACUGUUAUGAUAUGAGAAUUACUUCAGCCGAAUUAUGUAAAUGUGAGGGGGCGUUUUUAUCAUCAAAACUAUGGUUUGUGUAUUUCUAAAUGUUAGAUACAUCUUUUAUUGUUACAUUUACUUAAUGAGAUGCAAAUAUAUGAUGUAUUGAAGUGUGUUGAUAUGAAGUAGAUGGAUUGUUAUUUUGUUUGCUUGUUGGACACAAACAAGAUGUUGCAUAUUGUUUGAAAUAUCAUGGAGGUGGUUUAUUUGACUACGGUGUUGUAUGCUAGUGUCAUAUAUUGUACAAAGUCGUUCAGAUUAUGUUAAAGUGACUGUUUUUAUAGAUGAUCAUAAAUGAUCAUGGAUGAUGUAUAUUUUAAAUAAUAAAUACAUCUUUUAUUGUUACAUCUACUGCACUAUAUCUACUAGUCUAUAGCUAGUAGAUAUUAUUAUAUGGCAACAUUGAUCUGUAUAUAUAAUAAGUGGACAUUUUACUACAUCCUUCCUUAUGCAAAUAUGCCAUUAACAGUAAUUCCUGUAUGUUAAUUGUAGUAAUAGUAAUUAGGAAUCCAAUUAAUUCUCCAUGAUAUUUGUACAGCUCAAGUCUGGCUUAUAGAUAAGUGGAUUUGACUUGGACAAAAUGGUGUCUGAAUUGAACAUUGUCAAUACUCUUACAUUCAUAUGAAAACUGAAAUAAGCAUUAUUAGAAAUAGCAGAUUAUAGGGAGUGAGUAAUUCUAAACUCAUCUAAAUAAAUAUUCUUGCAUGCAAUUUUUUUAUAUUUUCUAAAACUCAUUAGUUAGAUAGGUUUUAUAUAGAAGAUUCAUUAAAUGAAUUUCUGUUAGAUUAAGGUCAGUAUUAUAAUGAGAAAUAUUAUAUCGUUUAAAAUGUUGCAUUAUUUGGCAGUUACAUGUAAUAUAAAAUUUAAAUUUCAUGCAAAAUGUAUAGGAAGUUGUCCAUAUUUUUUCUUGUUUUAUAGUUGUACAAGCAGCUGAAACAGUCAACAUUUCUGCAGUUUAUUCUCAUUUAAGCCAUACUGUUUUCAGAAUUCUAGGUAGUUUAUACUAGAUUAUAGGUGGAUUUGAUGUGUUACUAAGUCUGUUAAAAUUUUGUUCGUAGGAGAAAUACAGCUAGAAAGAUUAACAAAAGGGUAUUGUAAUCUAGAAUGAGUCAGAUUUGGCUCAUACUUUUGAGUUUCAAAGGUAAUACACUUGAAAUAGUUUGGAGUAUGAGCAAGUGAAUUUAAGAAAUAAUGAAGAAAAAAGUCUGGUCACUUUUCCGAUAGUAAUUUACACAUGUGUAAUAGAUCAGAGUAAAUGUAAGAUAAUGUUAGGUAUCACAUACCCGUGCCGCUUUUGCAACUCCGUAAAAAUGGUAGUGCACGACUUUGCUUAUAUUUUGACGUGAAGUCAUCUGUGUUAUACAAACAUAACGUAAAGAGGUGCUUAAUUAUAGCGUUACUCUGUAGGUGCGUCAGUAACACAAGAGGAUUAUUUUCACUGUAAACAGUCCUUAUGUUGGUUAUGUGAUUAAUAGAAUAUUAUAUUGGUGUAGAUUCAUUACAUACUUUAAUUGAACUUGUUGAAUGAAAUAAUAUUAUGCUUGCCAGAGGCUUGCAUGAUAUAAAUUUAUACAACUUGUUCAAUAAAUUCAGUAUUGAAUCUACACUCAUUUAAUAUCUCUUAUAUGUAACACAUUAACAGUAGUAGAAGUGCUUCCUACGUUUUCUAUAUAUAUACAUAUAUAUAUAUAAUGCAUGCCCAUUUAGCACUGUAAAUUGCAUCUGAAAUUGAAUGCUUGUUAUGAUGGUCUGACAUGCCUAUAAACACUAGUUAAAUUCCUAAUUAGAAAUAUUAAUUGUGUAAUAAUGUCAGUUACAGCAGUUGGAAUUGAUCACUUAUUUUUGUAUAAUUUUUAUAUAAUUGUUGUAUCCCAAUGGCAUUUUCUUCUUUGUGAUUUUGCUGUAUAGAAGAAUUCCAAGUUUGUAUAGAGUAAAAUUGUUAUAUAAAAUACCUGAUUGUUUGUAUAUGGUAAUUAGUUGUUGCUACAGUUACAGAAUAGUUACUUGGUCAUUUGUUUAUAUUUGUUAACUUUUGUUUCACUACAACUUUUCCUCUGAAGGUAAAUUUGAUUGUACGGUCAAUACAUUUUAUUUUUUUACCCUCUCUUAAUUCAUGUAGGAGUUUCAAACUAUCAUACCUGUAAUUAGUUGCCAAGUAACUGGGAUUUGAAAAGGUCAUAUAUUGGGGGUGGGGGAAUUAUUCAUUGAUAAGGUGCUUGAAUUUGACACUAAAAAUUCCAUUUGCUACCUUAAUACAAAUAUUAGUUCAUUCUGUUCCAUCUAAGAUAUCAAUAUUUUGUAAAAAAAAAAAAAAAUAUAUAUAUAUAUGUUUUUGUCUCACAUCUCUCAACUUUUAUUGGAAAGGUUGUAUGUGUAAAUGAAUUGUAAGCACCUGUUUUUUUCCUCAUCACAUCAAUUAGAAAUGUUGCUAUUAAUCAUCAACAUGAUAAAGCAGUUAUACUGUUUAUAGUUUUCAGUGUUUUCCCACAAGUGUUAAUUUUUUUUUUUCAUUUUUUUUUCUAUGUAUGUUGAAAAAAAUAUCCUAUUUUGUAUAGUGUUACACAUAAAAAAAUAUGAAAUGUUGUAUUCCAUGAUUUUUGCCUUAAAGGACAUAGUUAUUCUUGAUGUACAGAAUGAUUUACCAAAGUCUUUCAUUUGUAAGAAUAAAUGGUGGAUUCCCCCUGUAUAGUAGACAUGCUGUGAUUUGUGAACAUGAAAUUGUAAAGUUUAUCUGUAAUGACUAGUAAGGUUUUACUUUGAAAGUUCCCAGCAUCUGACUAGUCAAAAACUUGUACAAAAUAAUCAAUUUGAUUGAAAUUAGUAUGAAACUGAGAAUUGAGAAAAAGUGAUGUUACAUGUAUAAGAGAGGCUGCAAAAAUGCCAUGGUAAAAUAUAUGGCAAAAGAGCCAUUUACCUAAAUCUGAUUAAACAUUGUUAAAACUUACUUCAGAAUUAUUUUUUUAAAGAUGUUAAAAUGAAUUAACUUUGUUUUUCUUUGAAACUUAGAACCACUGUUUUCCUAUAAAUUAAGUUGUUAACCCUUGAUUCUUUAUUGUAGAAAAUUUCCAAAUAUGAUAACAUUGUGACUUUCACAUUACACUUGUUGAAUGUACUUUCAUCCAUUUUUCUCCUACUGUUUUUCAUAUUGGAAUACCCCCCAAAAAUGUCUUUUAGGUGCUACUUUGUAGUGUAUUCAAAAACAUUAAAACAAUUAACUUGACAAGAAUUAAGAGAGUGAAUGUAUUCCUGUGUCAAAUCACUAAUCACAAUGUUUGACAAAGGUAAUACUUCGAUCCUUGAUAAAGUCAAUCUAAUUAUUUGUUUAAUAUUUUAAUAAUGCACGCACACCAUUCCAGUUCUUACAGUAUUAUAAGUAAUCAAGUUAUUUCUUAAAUCAUAAUAUACACAGUGCUAUGGUUAUCUAGUCAUGAAAAUUUUCUUCUUUAAUUUUUUAACUGAAAUUUUUGGAUAUUCCAACCAAAAGGCAGGCCCUCAACAAGAAGCCCUCAUUUGAUUUUCUUUAAAAUUACCAAAGACCUCUGGAUAAGUGGGUACAAGUCCCACUAUUAGAAAUACAUAAGUGACUUCUUGUAAACAAAACUUCAAUUUAUUUUGACAAGUCUAUUAUAAUGUUAUUUGGAAAAUAAAUUAAAAAGCAGCUUAUUUUGUGCCCAUUUCUGUGUUUGUGCUCUAUGAUUUAAAAUGCCAGUUGUUUGUAAUUUGGGAGUGUUCUUGUUUUAACAUUGAGUUAAAUAGUUUUGUUAUGUACAGUUUAGUAUUCUAAUGUUGUAUAAACAUUAUAUUGUAAAUUUUUUAUAUUUUGUUAUUUUAUGUUGUGACAAUAGAUGGAAGGUCUGAUUUCAAAAAAUAAAAAGUCCAAUUACUAACUUGUAUAAAUUAAAUGAGCCGCGUCAUGACAAAACCAAGAUAAUGGGUAUGCGACCAGCAUGGAUCCAGACCAGCCUGCGCAUCCGCGCAGUCUGAUCAGGAUCCAUGCUGUUCACUAUCAGUUUCUCUACUUGUAAUAGAGUUGGUAAGCGUACAGCAUGGAUCCUGAUCAGACUGCGCGGAUGCGCAGGCUGGUCUAGAUCCAUGCUGGUCGCAAACCUGCUAUGUUGGUUUUGUCGUGACGCGGCUCAAAUUAUCUUUGUCUAAGCACAAUUGAAAGCCAUUGGUGCCUUGUGGUAACUAAAUUAGAAGGGUUUUUUAAUUCAUUUUAAGGAAGGAAAAUUAGCUGAGUGAAGUAUAUAAAUAUCAUUGUUAUGUUUGUAAUAUAAUGAUUUUAAAUUUUUUCUUUAUUUUGAAAAUUUAUAAUUUGAACCUUACCCUGCAGGAUAAGCCUUUGCCACCGGUGUAUAGUCGUGUCAACUUGCAAAACAAUGCAGUCUGACCAGGCUGUAAACUGUUGGCUGACAAACUUGAUAUACCCAAAACUCAUAAUGGACAGUUCCAAAAAUGGAAGCUGGACAAGUCCAUUUAAGUAUUUUAACAGGUUAAACUAUUUGACUGCUACCAGCCAUAAUAACUUGUUUAUGCUAUGCCAAGCUAGCACUUCAGCAUCAUCACAAAUUUUACCAUUUAAACAUUGAAUUUCAUUAAAUAUUCGAAACUUAUUUAAUAUUUAUGGAAAGUUUCAUAUUCAUGGCUGGGCAAGUUCAUUUAAAAACAGUUAAAGAUUUAAAGAUGAAAGUGUUAAUUUUAGAUAGGGUAGUACACUACAGUCAGAUUAUUAUAGCAUUGCUUAUUUCUUAUUAAAAAAAAAACAAAUAUGCUUUAUGUACAUGCAAGUAUCAACAAUUAGUAUCAACAAUUUCACAUGGAGCUUAAUACUUCACACUCAAAAUUUGUUUUUCUGCAUUUCACUUUUGGAUAAUAUAAUUACAUAUUCAAGAAAAAUAGCAUUACUAAGUUUUUCUGUAUUUUGCCAUGUUAAUUUUAUCAAAUGUCUAGCAUGUUGUUUUUUUUGUUGAUUUUUUUUAUGACUUACAGUUUCAAAUAAGACUCGUAUAAACUUUUGAAUAUUUUGUUAUGGUUAAUAGCUUCAUAUUUAUCUGUUUGCUGUUUCUAUUUUUUUUUUUGCAUGGAAGGAUGGUUUGAUUCUUAGCCCAGAAAUACUGUAUACUUUAUUUUCCAAAGAGAAAUCUGUUAUUUCCGAGACUGUUCUUUUUUUCCAAGAGAUACAGUUUAUUCCCCAUGUGAGGCUGUUUUCAGAGUGGCUGUUUUUGUUUGUGUUUACCAUUUACCAUGUGAUAAUUUUAUUUAUUGUAUGAGUCCUAUUUAAAGUGUUGAUUAAAAGUUGGGAACAGAUGCAAAAUGAUGAGAAAUAAAAUUACAAACUGAA